AAACUCUUCUUUAUUUAUUCUGCAAAGGCGUGACACAUGUCGUGCUCCACACACCAUUGCCUUUCCACUAACAUGGAGAACACAGAGCUCAGGUAGUAGCAACCAAUCGAAUCUGAUACGAUACGAUUCAGCGUAGUUUUUAUCAGAAAACAGAAUCAAAAAUCAACAAAUCCUAGAUAACAACUCGAAGAACACAACAAUGGGAUUUAGAUUCAACAAUCUGAAUCCCAUUUACAGAACAUGCAUUUCACGACUUUCCUCUUCAAAAUUCCUCCCUCCGCCAACGGAACCACUGAAAUUCCAUCAAUCAGAGAAUCCCUUCAUUUCCCCCCAAAAUCCAGCUUUCAAAAUCCCUAGAAGAUGGCAUUUUGGUCAUUCUCAUGAUCAUGAUCACCAAACCUCUAAACAUCUCAACGAAGGAGAGAACAUUUUCCGUCUUGGUCUCGCCGCCGAUAUUGCUUUAGCCACCGGAAAAGCAUUUACCGGUUAUGUGACUGGAAGUACCGCAAUUAUUGCCGAUGCUGCUCAUUCGAUAUCCGAUGUGGUUCUCAGUGGCAUUGCUUUGGUGUCUUUUAAACUUGCUAAGGCUCCAAGAGAUAAAGAACACCCAUAUGGACAUGGUAAAUUUGAGACUCUAGGAGCUCUUGGAAUCUCCUGUAUGCUUUUGGCCACUGGGGGUGGUAUUGCAUGGCAUGCUGUGGAUCUUUUAACGGGAUUGCUCUCAGCUGGCCCUGAAAUGGUUACCCAAGCAAUGGCACAUGAGCAUGUACAUAGCCACGAACAUGGUGGACAUCACCAUGGAAUUGACAUGGAACAUCCUAUACUUGCCUUGAAUAUGACUAUUGUGUCAAUAGGUGUUAAAGAAGGGCUUUAUUGGAUAACAAAACAAGCUGGUGAAAGGCAAGGCAGUGGGUUGAUGAAAGCAAAUGCAUGGCAUCAUCGUGCAGAUGCAAUUUCAUCAGUAGUUGCUCUCAUCGGAGUUGGUGGCUCUAUUCUUGGAGUGAAGUUUUUAGAUCCCCUUGCUGGACUCCUUGUCUCGGUCAUGAUUUUAAAAGCUGGAGCUGAAUCUGGUUACCAAAGUAUCUUGGAGCUGGUGGAUGCUGCAAUCCCGGCACAACAUUUGGAUCCUAUUAAACAAACAAUAUUGCAAGUUGAUGGUGUCAAGGGAUGCCACCGUUUAAGAGGAAGGAGAGCUGGUUCAUAUCUGUAUCUCGAUGUAAAUAUCGAGGUUGAUCCCUUUUCCAGUGUUAGUUCUGCACAUGACAUUGGUGAAAAUGUCCGUCGGCAAAUUCACAAGUCCCACCCUACUGUGACUGAAAUGUUUAUACACAUAGAUCCUGCUAUGUCACACGCAUCCCCCAGCACAACAGAUGAGCAAGAUAGUUGGAGCGGAGACAUGGACCAGGACAGUAUUGCUCCUGCUGGAGAUAAUAAUAUUGAAGGAAUAGUUUCUGAUAUCAUCUCCGCUAACUUUCCGCAGAUGUCAGUUGAGCGCAUAACACGCCACAUGUUUCAAAGCAAGAUUGUUCUUCAAAUUGAAGUUUCCAUGCUUCCUGAUAUCCCAAUUCGACAUGCAAUGGAAAUGGCAGAGAAAGCUGAAAGAGAGAUUUUGAAGGAAGCAUCAAAUAUACUUCAUGUUGGCAUCCAGCUACGUUUGGGGCGACCAUUUCCACAUACCAGCCAUUGAUUAGAAACCAUCCAACAUGUUGGAAAGCAUAUAUUCUUUCAGCUCUUUACAUACUUAAAUAUGGUUGAAGUUAAGUUGAUUAAUUUUGCAAUAUAGCGUUCAAGAGUUCAACAGAGGCGAUAGGUUCAGGAGACUUGUUAAAAGCUUGACAUAAUUUAGCUGCGCCCAUUGGACGUGUUUUGUUAGUAUGCUACUUAUGACAACCACUUACGUUAGCAGACAGUAGAAAACACAGCUUAAUUCCCUUGGAACUCUGAAAUUACUGAAUAUAGUUAAACAAUGAAGGUGUUGGAAUUGAUCCUUA